AUACCCUAUCGUUCCGAUUACUCCUCUGCUAAUUACACCAUCUGCUUUUUAUCAUUUUGCAAUCCUUAGGUGUUGCUCUGAGGUGCAAUACAAAUGACUUCCUAUAUCCUAAAGGUUCUCCUGUCAAGGAACCAGUUACAGUGAAGGAGACUGGGAGAGCUUAUGCAAAGUUCAAAGUGAUGGGCAUGACUUGUGCUUCCUGUGUGAAUAAGAUUGAGAAAUAUAUUGCAGGAAAAACAGGGGUUCACUCCAUCCAAGUGGCACUCUUGUCCGAAUUGGCCACAGUCGAGUUUGAUGAAAACCUCACUGAUUCUGACAUUCUAACGAAGGACAUUGCUUCCUUGGGGUUUUAUGUUAACCUUAUUGCAGUCACUACUAGGACAGAGUUCACCACCGUCAGAUUCAAGGUGGAUUUGAAAGGAGCUCAAGCAGUAGACAUUCUGAAAACAUCACUUGGAAUGGUGGAAGGGAUUGUAGAUGUGAAGGUGUCACCUUCUGACUCAGUGGUCCAGGUGGUUGUUGGCUAUCCGUUUUACAAAUCCUGCUUCAAGAGCCUGGCUCACAGGUCAAUGGGCAUGGAUAUGUUGAUUGCAACGGCCACAUCAGUGGCCUAUGUCUACUCGGUUGCUGCUCUGAUCACAAACAUGGUCACUGGAUUGGAUUAUGAGCUCUUCUUUGAUAGUGGUCCACUUCUUUUACUCUUUAUAUCACUUGGGGAACUGCUGGAACAUAUAAGCCAAGAGGCUGUCCUGCUUUCUCAUGAUGAUGAAAACUUUUUCAGAGAAGAAAGAAUCAGUGUGGAUUUGGUGCAAAAGGGUGACAAGUUACGAAUUGUACCUGGUGACAAGAUCCUAGUGGAUGGCUGUGUGGUGGGGGGGACCUCUAUGAUUGAUGAGUCCCUCAUCACUGGCGAACCUCUGCCAGUUCUCAAGAGGGAGGGAGACCCUGUCAUUGGAGGCUCCAUUAACCAGAAUGGUGCACUUGUAACAGAGGCUACCCAUGUUGGCUCUGAUACAAGGUUGUCACAGAUUGUUAACCUUAUUGAAGAAGCACAGACAUCAAAGGCACCUAUUCAACGUAUUGCUGAUAGAAUUGCUGGAGUGUUUGUGCCAUUCAUUUUGGCAUCAUCUUUGAUUACAUUUGCUGGAUGGAUGACAGCCAUCGGUGUCUGUAUAGGAACUAAAGAUGACACAACAUUCAACAGCACAAACGUCUCGAGUAACGACACACUGGCCUCCAGAGAGACUGAGUGCUACUCUGUGGCACUAGCAUUCCUUCAUGCAAUUUCAGUACUUGUGAUUGCCUGUCCCUGUGCCCUGGGCUUGGCCACACCCACUGCAGUGAUGGUGGGUACAGGAGUUGGAGCCAGGAAGGGGAUUCUCAUAAAGGGAGGAGAGCCAUUGGAGAACCUGUGCAAAAUAAAGGUUGUUGUGUUUGAUAAGACUGGAACUCUGACCUAUGGCAAGCCAGAGGUGAAUUGUGUAAUAAAGAGUGUGUCGGAGGCUAUGCUGCCCUUGAGGACCUUUAUUGGUGUUGUGGGCUUGGCAGAGUGCUGCAGUGAGCAUCCACUUGGACUCGCAAUAUCCAACUUUGCUAAAAAGGUGUUCGGAGAUGGACUGAGUGGAGUGUGCACUAAUUAUCAUGCAGAACCUGGUCUUGGCCUCAGCUGCAGUGUGAAGUUAUCGGCCCUGCCCUCUGUAGUAGAUAAAACAGCACUCCUUCAGUGCGUGAGACUACCAGUUACUGGCUCUCCAACCAACCAACCCCUGGUGGACCUAGACCAUACAUACCAGGAAUUGGAACGAAAGAUAACUUCAUAUGAACAGAGGGGACAAACAGUUGUACUGACUUCCAUUGCUGGUAUCCUGGUGGGAGCAGUAGUAAUUCACGAUAAGGUCAAACCUGAGGCUCGGCAAGCAAUCAAGUGUCUGCAGUCCAUGAAUGUAAAGGUUGCUCUUCUCACUGGGGAUAACCGUAGAACUGCACUGGCAAUUGCACAAGAAGUUGGAAUACCAGAGGGAAAUAUUUGUGCUGAGGUGCUACCUUCUCAUAAGAAAGACAAUGUUACUUUUUCCAAAAAGGGAACAUUAAGGUAGCAUUGGUGGGGGAUGGACAUCAAACAAUAGUCCAGCUGGCUCAAGCUGAUGUUGGUAUUGCCUGGCACUCGAACUGAAAUCGCUUGUAGAGGCAGAUGUUGUUCUUGUAAAGAGCAAUUUGCUGGAUGUGAUAUCAUCAAUCAAACUGUCAAGGAGAACUGUUCAUAAAAUCAGAACCAAUUUCCUUUGGGCAGUACUUUAUAUCUUUAUUGGGGUGCCAAUAGCAGCUGGUGUCCUAACUCCAGUAGGAAUAACCCUGCAGCCCUGGAUGGCAGCGGCUGCCAUGGCUCUAAGUUCAAUAUCAGUCAUUUGUAAGUCUCUUCUCCUCCGAUGUUCAUAGUCAUGCCUGUCACUGAGAAGGCAAAGGGCUGGAAUUAACUCUGAGGACUCUGCAGAUGAGUAUCCAGGCGAAAUAGAUAAAACUGACUGUUUGUAUGAAGUCACUACUGUUUAAUUUUUUUUAGUAAUACCUUGUGUGCUGUAGUUAGCUGGUUAGGGAAAUACCACUUUUAUACAUAGCACUUUGAGUAGAAAGUGUACUUG